CCACUGCCUCUUCUUACAACUUCUCUAUCUCCUCCUACAAAAUAAACCCAUUCCUCCCUCACGCUAUCGAGCUUCCAUACACAACAAUCAUCCUUGAAAACUAAAAUAUACCACCAUAUAUAUAAUGACUGGGAAGACGACUGCAUGUGCGCCAGCACUACCACUUUUCCUGUCUUCAUCAUUCUGCUUCUUCCUUGCUUGCUUUGUUCCAUACGCGUUCUACUGUGCUUGUGGGGCAGAGGGUGGCGGCGAUCAUACUCACGAGGGAGCAAAGGUGAAAGGAAUGUUUGUGUUUGGAAGCUCUCUGGUUGACAAUGGCAACAACAACUUCCUGCCCAACACCAUGGCCAAGGCUGACUACCUCCCCUACGGCAUAGACUUUCCUCUUGGGCCUUCAGGCAGAUUCACCAACGGCCGGAAUGUCGUUGACUUCCUCGGCGAUCUCCUCCACCUCCCUUCCCUCAUUCCGCCGUUCGCCGACCCCUCCACCCGCGGAAGCAGAAUCAUUCACGGCGUCAACUUCGCCUCCGCCGCCUCCGGAAUCCUAGACACCACCGGCUCCGUUGCAGGCCGUGUGAUGAGCAUGAAUGAACAGAUCAAGAAGUUUGAGGAGAUAACAGUGCCGGAGUUGGAAGCAGAGGUGGGGCGCAGAAGCAGGGAGUCACUUCUCCAUGAAUACUUGUUUAUGGUGGGAACGGGUGGCAACGACUACUCAUUGAACUACUUCCUGAGGAAGAGUAACUCUCAUCACAACACCACUGUCAGUGAUCUUCAGGCCUUCACUGCCAUUCUCACAGCCUCUCUGUCCUCCCAAUUAAAGAAGUUGUACAAAUUGGGUGGUAGGAAAUUUGUGGUGAUCUCAGUGAACCCAAUAGGUUGCAGUCCAGGGCUGCGGCUGGAGAAAAAGGAGAGGUGUGUAGGAGUUCUGAACCUGGCAGCUCGCCUCUUCAACCAGAGAUUGAAGUCAUUGGUGGAUGAGAUGAAGCCACAAAUGCCUGGUUCCUCCCUUGUUUAUGUCAGCUCCUACAACAUUAUCAUGGACAUCAUCAGCCACCCUCUCUCCAAAGGUAUAAGUGAUGUGAGAAACGCUUGCUGCGAGGUAGAGUCAAAAGAGGAAGGUGGGAAUGGGAUAUUAUGCAGAAAAGGAGGGAGGGUUUGUGCAAACAGGAACCUGCACCUCUUCUUUGAUGGGUUGCAUCCCACUGAGGCUGUCAACUUCCACAUUGCAACCAAAGCUUUUGCUUCUACUCAUCCACAUGAAGUUUAUCCUGUUAAUGUUAAGAAAUUAGCUCAACUUUAGACCACCCCCAACCAACCCCUUUUUUUCUUUUUUCGGUUUUCUUUUUAAAUGUAGAACUUUAGACUUAAUUACUAUCUCUCUCUCUCUCUCUCUUGGUGUGUGUUUGUGUGUGUAUAUGUUUAAUGUAGAACUUUACUAGACUUCUUAUCUCCACCUCUUUUGCUAACUUAUCAUUUCUUCUCUUGCUACUUUAA